CGGCAGCCGCGGAUGUUAGCUGACCGACCGCCGGGCCAAAGCCCCACCAGGGGCGGCAGCUGGUAUGCGGAUGGCGGCGAGAGAGAGGCGCGGAGUAAAAGGGAAGCAAUGCAGAAAUCAGAGUGCCCUGGAGGUACACAGUCGAGAAACAGAGUAACAGGUAACUGUGAUCAAAGGGCAUCAUCAGGUGCACAGAUAAAACACAGGACUACAGUCCAGCAAAGCAGAUCCUCCUCAUCAACCAGUUCUCCAGAGUCUGCAAGAAAACUUCGUCCUCGACCAAGUGAUAAACUUAACCCCAAAACAAUUAACCCGGGUCUGAGAGAGACUAAACAUCCAUAUACCUUUGUGUCAAAGGAGGCUUUUAGAGAAUUACUUCUGGUCAAAAGUGCUCCUGAAAAAACUGUUCCUUUGCUGCCUAGACUGAUUCCUGUGCUAAAGGCAGCUCUGGUGCAUUCGGAUGAUGAAGUGUUUGAAAGAGGAUUGAAUGCCCUGGUACAGUUAAGUGUUGUUGUUGGUCCUUGUCUAAAUGACCAUCUGAAACAUCUGCUUACCAGUGUACGUACUGCAAAGAUUAGAGAGUGGUUUUGUAUAUGUAUCAUGCACCAUCCAUAUCUCUUCAUGAUUUAA